GCCACGCGUGAGACUGCGAGAAGGCCAUAUUUACGAUUCAACAUGGCCGUUCAGAAUAGUACAACAAAAUUUAGUGAUAUUUACGAUUUGAAAGAGGAAUUAGGAAAGGGUGCUUUUUCUAUAGUACGAAGAUGUGUUCUAAAAUCUACAGGGCAAGAAUUUGCAGCAAAAAUAAUCAACACAAAAAAAUUGUCAGCACGAGAUGUAGCAAUGUGCACCCGAGAAACAGAUCAUCAAAAAUUAGAAAGAGAAGCAAGAAUAUGUAGAUUGUUAAAGCAUCCAAAUAUAGUUCGACUCCAUGACAGUAUACAAGAUGAAGGGUUUCACUACUUAGUUUUUGAUUUAGUGACAGGCGGGGAGUUAUUUGAAGAUAUUGUAGCAAGAGAAUUUUAUAGUGAGGCUGAUGCCAGCCACUGCAUGCAACAAAUCUUGGAGAGUGUAAAUUACUGCCACCUGCAUGGUAUUGUCCACAGAGACUUAAAGCCGGAGAAUUUGCUGUUAGCCAGUAAAGCAAAAGGGGCUGCUGUGAAGUUAGCAGACUUUGGUCUGGCCAUAGAAGUUCAGGGUGACCAGCAGGCAUGGUUUGGGUUUGCGGGCACUCCGGGAUACCUUUCGCCGGAGGUUCUACGCAAAGAUCCGUAUGGGAAACCAGUGGACGUUUGGGCAUGUGGUGUGAUAUUAUAUAUACUGUUGGUCGGCUACCCACCAUUCUGGGAUGAGGACCAGCAUCGCUUGUACGCUCAGAUCAAAGUCGGGGCAUAUGACUACCCGUCACCAGAAUGGGACACCGUUACGCCGGAAGCGAAGAACCUUAUCAACAGCAUGCUUACCGUGAAUCCUUCCAAGCGAAUCACCGCUCAAGAGGCACUGAAGCAUCCAUGGAUCUGUCAGCGUGAGCGUGUUGCUGCUGUGGUACACAGACAAGAAACCGUGGAAUGCUUGAAGAAGUUCAACGCACGCAGAAAACUCAAGGGUGCCAUUCUGACUACCAUGCUGGCUACGCGCAACUUCUCAAGCUUUUUCCAGUCACCUAAAAUUGGAAGCCGCAGCCUGAUGGUUAAGAAAAAUGACGGGAUCAAGGAGUCGACUGACAGCAGUAACACCAUAGAGGAUGAUGCUGAUGAUGCCUCUGCAGUUAAAAGGAGAAAAUCAGAAUUAGACAGGGCAAUCACUCUGACAAGCUUACAACUGAACGAGAUUGCAGACUCGAGCUCUAGUUGCAGGAAGCAGGAGGUCAUCAAACUCACAGAGCAGCUGAUUGCGGCCAUUACCAGUGGGGAUUAUGAAGCUUACACGAAAUUUGUGGAUCCUUCGGUGACUAGUUUUGAGCCUGAAGCCCUGGGCAAUUUAAUUGUCGGGAUGGACUUCCAUAAGUUCUACUUUGACCAUGGUAAAGUGUUAUCUAAGAACACGAGGCCUGUGAACACCAGCAUUCUGAACCCCACGGUUCACAUCCUGAGUGACGAUUCAGCCUGUAUUGCCUACGUUAGACUCACGCAGUUCAUUGAUAAGGAUGGUUUGCCAGUUACUGGACAGACAGAGGAGACAAGGGUGUGGCAGAAGAAGGAUGGAAAGUGGCAGAACGUCCACUUUCACCGCUCUGAGUCGUCCAACACACCCAACAAAUAGAACACUGUUUCAACAGGCAUAGAUUUGAGCGCACGUUUAAUCAGUUUUCGCCAUUUAUUUAGGCGGUUUACUUAACAUAACUUUGAAAAUUAAUGUUUUGCUCAUGCGCAGGCUGGGGAGAGUUUUCAGUGAGGGAGUUUUUUCCUUGUUAGUGAAGAUAGUUAAAAGAAGGACUAUCAAUAAUUUGAAGGAGAAUAUUGAAUGCUCUCCCUUGAUUGGUGACUUGAGAGUGGCUUCCCUUGUUUGUUCCUGGGGUUGUCUGGUGAGUUGGAGAGAUUUUUCAGAUGCUUGGAACGCAAUCCAUUGCAAGCAGGAAAAAAAUCCAAGUAGGCGUAUUUUCUGAUAUGGUUUCUCAGUUGUUUGAAGUUGGAAAUUCUGUCAUAUCAAUUGUCAUGACACGUGUUUUAUGUUUUUCUUGAAGUUUUAAAAUAUAUUAUUAUGUUAUGUACAUUUAUCAUGUAGCCAAUUUAGUUAUUUGAUCUGGUGAGAUAUUACUAAUUUUGAGACAUCUAUCGAUCUUUACUGUUGCAUGUGGGUUAACCACAAAAGUCAUGUUUCCACUUAUUUUUUUAUUUAAGAAUUAAAACAUUUUCUGUGCUAUUUGAUUAUUAAAUUUUUGAUAGUUUUCAAUUUUCUAGACUUGACUGUUCAGAACAAAUUUUCUGGUUCUUUAGGCUGAUUGUUUAUUUCAAUAAUAAUCUUUGCAUAUUUAUUGGAUUUUGACCAAACAUUCCCUGGUAUUUAACUAUUUGUAGCAUUUAUAUAAAUUGUCUUAGAUGUAGAUUUUUGUUACCAGAAUGGUAAAUUUUGUGCAGAUAUUUGAUUAUUUUGAAAUGUUUUGAUGAAAUGAGAGCAUAGUUUAAAAUACAAUUCUUUUUAAUACAGUUUCAUUUUUUUAUUGUAUACUAUUUUACAAUCAUGUCAUGAAUGAAUUGGAUUAAAAAGGGACCUGUUUCUUGUUAUGCAACUUUGCAAUGUCAAGGUCUGUCUCUGUCUUGUCAAAACAGAAACCACUCAGAGAACUUAUUUGAAAAAUUAAUAAACAACAAUCAAACAAAUUCUUGUAAAAUGUAGGAAAUUUUAAGUAAACAAUGUUAACAGACUUAAAGGAGUUUAUUUGGACAAAAGAGAUAAUUAACAUUUGACUGUACUGUAAGAACAUUUACACCAUUAUUAUUUGAAAGGAGAUUUAUAAUAAACAUUGUAGUCAACACGUUUUUACCACUUUCCUAUGGCCCGGUGGGCAUUCACACAACUCCACAGUGUGUUGACUGCUAAUUUUUAGGUUUUAAAAUCGUCAAAAGAUGCAUAUAAUGGCUAUAUUAGACCAUGGUAAAUGUUCAGUAUUACUGUUUCCUCACAAAUAUCAUAACUUAAUCGAAAAUUUGCGAAUCUGAAACAACUUUUUUCAAUUUUGUAAAUUUACCAAAGCGUGAAAAGAUCCCUUUAAUAAGUCAUGUACUUGCAAAGGACAAUUAUUAGUAUCAAGUAGUGUUUUAGCUUUUCUUUUUAGCUUACAAACAAUGUAAGGUAAACAAAAAGUAAGUCAUGUAUUAAUGAUAUUUGUAUUUUCUCUAUGCACAGAAUAUUGCAAUAUUUUUUUAAGCUUUAACAAUCUUUAUGAAGUUGUUUAUUGAUUCUUUAGCUUAUUCUUGAUUAGCUAUUUAAAAAUAGUUUAGGUUUCUUUUCAAGUUACAACAUCAAUAAAGUAAAUGCCAUGCAUUUCUGUGAAUUACAGCACUGUCAUAUUAAUAAGCAUCGUUCUUCUGUAGAUAUGCUCAUUUCAGUUUCAUAUGUCUAAUAACUACACAGGUGCAAAUUGAUAUAUUAAGGCACUUGGCAAAUAAAUUACCCCGGUUAAUUGAUUUCUGUGUAAAUCAAGUAAUUCUAUUGCGCAGAAAAACGGUUUCAGUUUAAAUGUUUUACAAAAUUUGAAAGGCUUUAGACAGUCCAUUUCAAAAUGCCAUUUCCAUUUCCAUCUUUUCUUCUCUAUAUUAAUGUUUGAUGAUUGAUAUCAAACUUUUAAAACCACAGCAGCGUACGAGUAGUUUUAGUUUAUCUUUUGCUUUGAUAUGAAGUAAUAAAGUUCAGACUUUAAUAUGAUAUACAUUGUUCUCUUUGAUACAUUAAAUUGUGCAUGAUCUGUGAAUAUGUUUACUAUCACAGUUUUUUAUUUUGUUGCUUAAAGACAAAUCAGUUCUUGACUUUAUCUGUUUAUAUUACAAUUCAAUGGUUUUGCGUGUAACUAUUCAGGUCCUUUUUCAUUGGAUUAUAUUUCAUUUCAAGUGAAAAGAGUGAAACUAAUGUAUCUCAUUUUGAAUUGUCAAACAGAACAGUUUAACGCUCAACAAUGAUGUGUGUUUCCUUCUUGUGCAUUUAUAUCAUUGCAUAAUUAUAUGUUUCCACUGACAAUUAUAGUAUUGCAUAACAGAUUUUCUCAUUGCAAAACUUGUGUUUUUCUGUUUUUGUUUUUUUCAAGAUUUUUUUAAACAUAGGAGCUUACAUUCAUUAAAGGCAAAUUAGCAUAUGAAAUAUAAAGGUUAUUAUAAAUAAUAAAUAAUUGGCUUAAUUAUGAAAGUAGUAUGUUUUCUUGUUGGUCUUUUAAAAAUGAAGUUACAUUGUAAUGCUAGAAGCAGACAUUGUUGAUUAAACUUGUUUUUCUACAAGCAGGUCCUGAUACAAAUAUUCCUUAAUAAAAAUAUAGAAAUAUUCAUUAAAAAAUAUAAAUAAUUUAUUGCUGUUCUUGAACUUUAGAAUUGUUAGGCAGAUUGUUUUUAAUUAAAUUUAAACUUAAUUAAUCUGUUAGCUAUAUUUUUCUUAGCUUUAAGCAUCCGGUGUUUUGUGUCAGAAAUAUCAUAUUAAAAUCAAAUCUUAAGCCAUAAUUGUUUAUCUUUAGAAUGUUACUUUAACGUAAAUUUAUGUAUAUUCCUCACAGGCUUUAAACUUUCAUUUGACCAGGUAUCAUGCACUAUUAUUUACUGGAAUGUAUUAUGAACCAAAAAAUCAUAUGGUAUGUUACUAUCGGAAAACAUGUGGCAAAAUAUGUUAAUAUUUUAUGGUUGGAAACAUAUUUUAAGAUGUAAUGCUUAAGUUGAGAAGGUUUCUGGAAUUGGGACCCUGGCCCCAGAGCUAUGAACACUUAGUCUUAGACUUAAGUCUCAUCUCAAAAUAUUGACCAAUCAGAAUGCAUGCACCAUUUGAGCCACACUUGUAUUGGUCAAAUAUACGAGAUUGAGUCUGAGAUCGAGCUCAUGAAUGUUAGUAAGAUUGGUUUUCUGGUCUGUGCAUUUUAAAGUGCAAUAUUUUUAUUCAUUGCAAUUUUGUCAACUCAUACCAACUUGAUAUUUGUAAGGGACACUGAUAAAUUGAUCAUCUUCUUUCAAGUUUUUCUCAAUUUGUGUUGUAUUUCUGAUGAAUUUGUUAUUGUUGUUGUUUUUUUCCAUACAGAUAGUUGGUUUUGUCCACAGUAAUUUUUUCAACAAGAAUAAAGUACAUAUACUUUUCGUGCCUAUGGGUGUCACUAAUCUACCCAUCUACCGAAACUUUACCCCAAAAUAAUUGAUUAGGUCCGAUUCAUUUAUGUCAAUGUCUGAAUUACCUCCAUUUUCCGCUGCUUUUAUUUAGUGAACUUGAAAAAGAAAAUAAUAUACCAAUAAAAUCUAACCACAGUGACUGCAUAAUUUUGCUGAGCAUAUUUCAUAUAAAAAUGUAUUAAGUGUUAUGGGAAUAUAUUUUCACUCGAGACUGUUCAUAAAACGUCUGGUGAGCCUUACAUGAAACCAACUAUUUCAAUUGUACUAUCAUGAAAACAUCAGAAAUAAUGCUGUUACAAAAUUAAUUAUGAUUAUAUUAAUAAAUUUACUUAAUUAUUUAUUUUAAAGAUAAUUAUUAAGGUAUUAUAAUGAAGUUUUGUAGGUUUAACUUUUCAAGAUUUCUAUAAUUAACUUUAUUUGGAUUUUAACUUUUAACUUUAAGAUUAUCUUUGCAAAAUAAAAGAAUUUGGAUAAGUGUUUUAAAGUAUAUAUUUGUUACAAUGAGCAUACAUUUUAUUUGUAUGUAUGUGUUAUUGUUUGUAUUAUUACCCUUUGAAAAUAUGCUGUUGGCAUAACAUGUUUGACAUAUUUUUCUUUAUAUUAUAAUAACUAUUAUGCUAUUUUAUUAAUAUUGUUCUAUUUAGCACAUACAUAUAUGAAAUAUACCUUUUUAAGAUGUAAAUUCAUGAAUGUAGUGGGUCCUUGUCAUCUGUUUGAGUGUUACUUGUGUGUUUGUACAACAAAAUGUUGAGCAUAAAUGAUCUUGGCCUGUAUUCACCAACCAAGGCUCAAGAGUGAAGACUAGAACUAGACCUCAUAUAUUGUUCUUCAAGUUUAAACAUAUACAAGAUAGAAAUGGUGCUUAUUUCAUUAACACAUUGUUCCUAGCAAAGAAUAGUGUAAAUUGAUGUAUCAGCUGCCAUGCUUUGCAUAACUUUCAAGAAGCUUAACCCUUUACCACUUAGAUUUUAACGCAUUUGUUACGUCCCUUAGAAAGUUGCAUUUAAUAAAAGGCCUUUCUUUCUAGAUCCAAGUUUUAAAGGUUUCAGUUCCAACCCUAAGAUACUGCAUGAUGAGCAGCAAACAUCAUACAACCUGAACAGACUGCGAGUUACUCAUAGGCUGUUCUGGUUUUAUGCUGUUUGCACAUAGCCAUUUUCACUUAGCUUCUUAGUGGGAAAGGGUUAAGAACAGUGCAGUUAGAAUAUUCUUUAUUUUUAGACUCGAGUAUAAGAAUUGGUUGGUGAAUUUGGGCCAAUGUUUCAUGUCUUUGUCUUUGAUCAAAAACGCUUAUGAUGUGAAGUUAGAAUAAAGCACCAAACAUGGAGUCUGCCUGAAAUGUUACUUGUUCUCUACAUUUAUUCAUCUUAUACAUACAAGUUUGACGGUACUUGAUCAUUUUCCUCUACUCUUCUUAAUAAUUUUUCUAGUGCUUCAAUAUUUUUAUGCUUUUAAACCAGUGUCCAUGAAUCUAUGAACCUCUUCCUAUUUCAUUGUACAAUUUUUCACAAUACAAACAUUCAAACUUCAUUUUUGGCAAACUUUUCUGGCAUCAGAUUCAUACAAUACUGAUGACUUUUACACUUGGAAAAUAAUUCACAUUACAAUUUGUGACACAUAAAGAUAUGUUUAUAUUUUUAUGCUAAAUUGAAGUCAAUUUGUGAACCAAAUAUAGUUUCAUUAAGUACUAAAAGUGGGGCCAAUUUGUAAGUACUAAAAGGGGGUCAGUUUGUUACCUGCAUACAUCGUUUCUACACUAAAUCAAUGUCUAUUUUGUGAACUGUAUGUAAUAGGUCAAUACUAUAUAUGUGACUACUUUUAAACAGUAUGUAAUUUUUCUGUACUUAAUCAGUGUUUUCUGUAUUUGAUGUGGUAUUCUUACUUCACAAAAUAGUGUUGUAAAAAGUGAUCUGAAGUUAUUAUAAAAGUGUAGAUGUUGUGGCUGUUUUAAUAUUAUUUUUCUCUCCGAUUUGUACCUCCGUUUGUAAGAUUCUGUGAACAUUCUCCUGCCUGUCCACUUACCCUCAACAAAAUGAGCCACGCUCUGGGAAAAUGGGGCUUAAAGCGUAUUAGUGAAGAGUCAUCCCAGAUUUGCCCGUGCAAUUCCCACAGGCUAGUCAGAGAUGACAAUAUCUGCUUUAACGGUAUUUUUCUUCUUAAGAAAGUGUCGUCUUCUCUGAUUAGCCUAUGCAGACUGUUCUGUUUUCCAAGACUGAGGCUAAAAAAAAAGCAGAAAACAUUAUAAAACAUGUGUUAACUAAAGAACAUGGUUUUUAUAAAAGUUUCAAUGAAAUUAAAUCUUCAUUUAUAAAUAUGCUAGGUUUAAUGGUGUCAACGUAAGUCAACUAUACUGCAUUGAUUUUUGUAAUCAUGUUAGUAUUAUCUUUCAUGCCAACAAAUCAAAAUUUAAUCUAAUUUUUCAUAACAAUAUUAUUUCUUUUACAAAUCCUUUGCAACCAGUUUUUACCCAUAAAUAAUUUAUAUAAUUUGUUUUAUUAUUUAUUGAUAAAAAUUGAAAGAAACAUAAAACUUAAUCGUGCAGUUAAACUUAAUCGAAACUAAGGUUAUAAACCAGUAGACAAAAAUGUUCACGCAUGCCUUUUGGGGUUUUGUGUGUCAAAGGUUUAUGGCACAGGAUUAUUCAGAGCAGUGCUUUUGUUAACCACCAUGAUUGGUCAACUUUGCUUUUUAUAGACAGUUAUCUACAAGUCAAUGAAGUUGUUUGUAGCCUCAGAUUUGGCGGGAGAAUGUUUCAGUUUCUCAUGACGGGAUCACAUUUGUUGUCUGUCAUUGUAGUGUUUGUUGCAAUGAGUAUUUCUCCAUAACUUUUUCAAUAAAACACAUCUCGAUUAUUA